UUCUCAGUUUGACGUUUCAGGUUAUGUCAAAUUCGAAUCGAUUUUCAAAUUUUGUGGCCAAAAAUGGGCAAAAGGAAAGCCCCAGCGGACGAAGACACCCCGAAUCACGACUUUUGCGAAUUUCUCUUAGAGCUAGCCGAAUACGAAAAAAACGUGAGUAGAAACAUCCACAAGUAUAAUGCGUACAGGAAAGCGGCGAGCGUUUUAAGCGCUCUCCCGACUCGAAUCACCUCGGGAAGCCAAGCCAAAAAACUCAACGGAAUCGGGGAAAAAAUCGCCAAGAAAAUCGACGAAUUCCUGGCGACUGGGAAACUCCAAAAACUCGAAAAUAUCCAGAACGAUUCGAAAAACGCAGCGAUUAAUUUAUUGACCCGAGUGUCCGGAAUAGGGCCGGCGAAAGCCCAGAGUUUAGUGAAUGAGGGGAUCACCACCUUGGAACAGUUAGACAAACACAAAGACAAGCUAAACCACCACCAAAUCAUUGGUUUAAAAUAUUUUGACGAUUUUGAAAAAAAAAUCCCCAGGCAAGAAAUCACGGAAAUUGAGACUGUCAUCCAAAAACACCUGAGACAGUUGGACCCUGACAUCCAAAUUACUAUAUGUGGAAGCUACAGGCGAGGCAAGGACGAAAGUGGCGACAUUGACGCCCUCAUCACACACCCUAGUUACUUAAGCAAGAAAAAGAAAAAUAAGAAUACUCUCAAGAACGUCGUUGGGGCCCUCCAGAAGUGUGGUUUAAUCACAGAAACGCUGUCUUUAGGGGACACUAAAUUCAUGGGGGCUUGCAAGCUUGAAGGGGGUUCAGUGACGAGGAGAUUGGAUAUUAGAUUGACGCCAUAUGACCAGUUUUUUUGCGCUGUUUUGUACUUCACAGGGUCCAACAUGUUCAACAAGGAGAUGAGGGCGCAUGCGCUGGAAGCCGGGUUUACUUUAAAUGAGUACAGUUUGAGACCUGUGGGGAGCACGGGGGUUCCAGGAGAGCCGGUGGAAAUUCACUCAGAGAGAGACAUUUUCGAUUUUAUUGGUUAUCCAUUUAAAACCCCUGAAGAGCGCAGUAGAUGAAUUAUUAUUGAAAGAAAAACAUUGUGAAUGCCGUUUGAUGUAUAUUAAAUUAUCCCUAGAAA